AUUCUUUGAAAAAUACUAAAGUCGAGCCGCUAAAGCAGGAUUUCUAUUUUCUAGUAUACUUUCUAGUUUCUAAAUGUGUUCCAAUUCAUGAUCCUCCUGGAGUAUUUCUCCUUGUUAUAAUGAAGCAAUCCACAACCCUUUCCGGCUAACUAUCAAAAUUUUUUUUUUUAACAAAAUCUUCGCACUUUCUACUCAUAUUUUCAAGUAAUUCUUGCACCAAUUAUCCUUUUAGGGUUUCAGCUUAUGUUUUUCCGUUCAAAUUCGCCUUAAUAUUUUCAAUUUAUCAGCGAUGAAGUGCCAAGUAGAGAGAGCUUUCAUUGGAGCAGGUUGCAAUAGAAUCGUGAACAACGUUUCUUGGGGUGCUUCUAAUUUAGUUGCUUUUGGUGCCCAUAAUGCUGUCGCUAUUUUCUGUCCCCAGAAAGCUCAGAUUUUGACUACACUCCCUGGUCACAAUGCUGCUGUCAACUGUACUUAUUGGCUUCCCUCCUCCAAAUUUGCUUUCAGAGCUCAACAAUUAAGCCAUCAUUAUUUGCUUUCUGGGGAUGCCAAUGGUAUCAUAAUGUUAUGGGAAGUCUCUCUCACGGAUGGAAAGUGGAGGCAUGUAUUGACUGUACCACAACCACAUAAGAAGGGUGUGACAUGCAUAUCAGGAAUAAUGUUUUCUUCAACUGAAGCAAUUUUUGCUUCAACUUCUUCUGAUGGUAAUGUGAACAUCUGGGAAAUCAUCUUGCCAGUUACUACAGGAGGGGACUGCAAAUUGUCACAUCUUGAGUCUCUCUUUGUUGGUUCAAAAACAAUGGUUGCACUCGCAUUAGCAGAGCUACUUGAUAAUACAGGACGCGUGGUCCUGGCCAUGGGAGGUUUGGAUAACAAGGUUCAUAUCUAUUCCGGAGAGAGGACAGGAAAGUUUGUUCGUGCUUGUGAACUCAAGGGACAUUUAGAUUGGAUAAGAAGUUUGGAUUUCUCUUUAGCUGUAGGCAAGAAGGGGGCAAGAGAUACUUUGUUACUUGUGAGUUCUUCUCAGGAUAAAACUAUACGCAUAUGGAAAAUGGUCUUAUCUGAUACCUCAGGUAAGUCUGAAAGGAAGGAUGUAAUUGGUUUAGCUUCAUACAUCGAAGGUCCUCUAUUUGUGUCUGGGCUGUCCACCUAUCAGAUAUCACUAGAAUCUCUCCUUAUUGGACAUGAGGACUGGGUGUAUUCAGUCCAGUGGCAGCCACCUUCUAGUACAUCCACAGAAAACAAUGGGCACCUACAACCUCAAAGCAUUUUAUCUGCAUCGAUGGACAAGACUAUGAUGAUCUGGAAACCUGAGAAAAUUUCUGGCAUCUGGAUGAAUGUUGUCACUGUGGGGGAGCUUAGUCAUUGUGCGUUGGGUUUUUAUGGUGGGCACUGGAGUCCAAAUGGGGAUGCCAUUUUGGCACAUGGAUAUGGUGGGUCUUUCCAUCUCUGGAAAGAUGUUGGUAUUGAUUCUCACAAUUGGCAGCCUCAGAAAGUUCCUUCUGGACAUUAUGCAGCUGUAUCUGACAUCGGUUGGGCCAGGUCCGGUAAAUUCUUGCUAUCAGUCAGUCAUGAUCAGACAACUCGAAUUUUUGCUCCAUGGUUGAGUGGCAUGGGAGAUCAAGGCUCCUGGCAUGAAAUUGCUCGUCCUCAAGUUCAUGGUCAUGAUCUUAAUUGCGUGACGAUCAUACAAGGGAAGGGGAAUCACCGAUUUGUUUGUGGAGCUGAUGAGAAAGUGGCCAGAGUGUUUGAAGCCCCUCUAUCUUUUCUGAGGACAUUAAACUGUGCUGUUUCCAGUGAAUCCGAUCUCCAGGAAGACAUUCAGCUGGAUGUGAAAAUUUUAGGGGCAAACAUGUCUGCUCUUGGGCUUUCACAAAAACCUAUAUAUGUUAAUGCUGUACAGGAGGCUCCCGAGAGACCUGACAGUGAAGCAAUCGACACCCUCGAAACUGUUCCUGAAGCAGUACCUGUUACAUUGACCAAACCACCUAUUGAGGACCAACUGGGAUGGCAUACAUUGUGGCCAGAAUCGCACAAGCUUUAUGGUCAUGGGAAUGAAUUGUUUUCUUUGUGUUGCGACCAUGAGGGAAAGCUUGUCGCUUCUUCUUGCAAGGCCCAGACAAUGUCAGUGGCAGAAAUAUGGCUGUGGGAAGUUGGUUCAUGGAAAGCAGUUGGUCGUUUACAGUCUCAUAGCUUGACUGUGACACAGAUGGAAUUCUCUCAUGAUGACAGUUUACUUCUGUCUGUCUCGAGGGAUCGUCAGUUUUCUGUCUUCUCCAUCAAAAGAGAAGGUGUGGAUGAAACCAACUAUGAGCUUCUAGUGAGGCAAGAGGCUCACAAAAGGAUUAUAUGGGCGUGCUCUUGGAAUACCUUUGGUCAUGAGUUUGCAACUGGGUCGAGAGAUAAGACCGUGAAGUUAUGGUCUGUCGUGAGCAGAACUUCCGUCAAACAGUUGUCGACUUUGCCGCCUUUUCCAUCCAGUGUUACUGCAUUGUCUUGGCUCGGUCUUGAACGUCAAACAAACCAUGGUCUAUUAGCAGUUGGAUUAGAAAAUGGUUUCAUAGAACUAUGGUCUCUUUCGGGUAUAAGAUCGGAGCACGGCUCUACAUCGGUCGCAGGAUUUACUGCUAACGCUGUAGCACGGUUGGAUCCCUUUAUGUGUCACGCAUCUACCGUGCAGCGUUUGGCAUGGAGAAGCUCAGAGUCAGAGAAAACAGAAGACAGCCAAAACAAUCAGCUUGCUUCUUGUGGAGCUGAUAAUUGUGUGCGUGUGUUCGAGGUGAAUGUUAGUCAAUGGUAGCAUUUUCUCCUAUCGUUAGGCUCCAAUAGCAAGUUAAGCUAGCUAAUCCAAAUUUUGCAUGAGUGGUCCUUUUAUUUUUCUUUUUAUAUUUAUAUAUUAUUUGUUUGUUGGUAAGGUUAGUAAUUUAAGAUAUUUGGAUCGAUUUUUAGAAUUUAAUGUAAUCUAUUAGGAAAACUACUUAAUAAGGUUUAUGAUAAUACUUGUCUUGUUUAAUUAAUUUUUUCUUCACUACAGUAAAGUCGAAAUAUCUCUUUUAUUACCACUGUAAAUCAUAAAUCAGUGAUUUCAGGCCGAAUGAUUUAAGAAUU